ACCAAAGCUGAAUCAGAAGAACGCUCCAAUGUCAACGCCAAGAAGAGUGGUGGUCGUAGCCGGCCAGAGCCUAAGCCACCUCGUCUCCAUGCUGGAGUUCGCCGCGAUGUGCCUCCGUCGCGGCCUCGCGGUGACCGUCGCCGUCCCGGACCCAUCCCUCACCACCCCGACCUUCCGCUCCAUCAUCUGCCGGUACGCCUCCCGGCUCCCCACCCUCUCCGUCCACUCCCUCCCUCCCCCUCCCGCCCUCGACGCCGCCUCCGCCGCCGCCCACCCGUUCAUACGCAUGCAGGCCGCCUCCCGCUCGCAGGCACCUAUCCUGCGGGACUUCCUCCGUAGCCUCCCCGACGUCCACGCGCUCGUCACCGACAUGCUCGCCGUCUGUGACCUCGACGUAGCCGCGGAGCUGGGCAUCCCAGGGCACCUUUUCUUCUCGACAGGCGCCGCCAGCCUCUCCGUCUUCCUCCAAUUGCCUUCGUUUUGCUCCGGGCGCGACGGAAACUUGAAAGAUCUCGGCGACACGCCCGUGUCGUUCUCCGGCACGCCCCCGAUGCCGGCGUCUCACUUGGUCGACGCGGUGCUCGACAGUGGGACGGACCUGUACGCGACUGUGCUGGACGUAUUCGGCCGGAUCGCGUCUGCGCGCGGCAUUCUGGUGAAUACCUUCGACGCGCUGGAGGGCUCAGCGAUGGCGGCGCUUAGAGACGGGCGCUGCCUCCCCGGCCGCGCCACGCCGCCGGUCUACUGCGUCGGGCCGUUGAUCGCGGAGGGGGGAGAGGGGGAGGAAAGACACCCAUGCCUCCCAUGGCUGGACGCGCAGCCCGAGUGCAGCGUCGUGUUCCUCUGCUUCGGCAGCCGAUGCACGGUGUCGCUCGAGCAGAUCGGUGAGAUGGCCAAGGGGCUCGAGAAGUCCGGGCACAGGUUCUUGUGGGUGCUGCGCGCGCCUCCUGCCUUCGCCGCAGCCGCCGGCGGACCGGACGCGGCGCUGUCUCUUCUCCCGGAGGGUUUCUUGGCCCCGACAGCGAACAGGGGCUUCGUGGUGACCGCGUCAUGGGUGCCUCAGGCGGAGGUGCUGCGUCACUCAUCCACCGGUGCGUUCGUAACCCACUGUGGUUGGAACUCGACGCUGGAAGCGGUGAUCGCCGGCGUGCCAAUGGUGUGCUGGCCGUUGGUAGCUGAGCAGUGGAUGAACAAGGUGUACAUUGUCCAAGAUAUGAAGGUUGGCGUGGAGGUGAGAGGGUAUAAGCGCGGGGGGCUUGUCACGGCCGACGAUGUUGACGCGGCGGUUAGGCAGAUCAUGGACAUGGAGCCGGAGAGACGGCGAGCACUCGAGGAACGGAUCAUGGCGGUAAAGAAGAGCGCCCACGUAGUAUGGAAGGAAGGUGGCUCCUCCUGUACCGCGUUCACCGAGUUUAUGAAGCAAAUGGAGUAACCAUUGUAAUUAGUGGCCACUGUCGAUGGAGCAGAUGGAGUAAUCAUUAGUUUAUGAAGCACCAUUAUAAUUAAACUUGGACUGCAUGAGUAGAGUCCAAUAUGUUGGUCUAUAAUGUUUAUUUUGCUUUGAUUCUAUAUAUGCGGCAAAUGAGUGUUCUUUUUGUGUACUCUUGUAGGAGUAUUUUGUAAUUCAAUUCAAAACGGCACC